GAGUGGAAAUGCAAUUUUUGAUUAUCAAUAGAAAAGGAAAAUCUUUCUGUUAAAUUUCUAUUUGAAAUACGAAGAGAUUGUGUGUGCACAUGGGGUGUUUGAUGAAAUUCCUGAGAGGAAUUUAAUCGUGUGGAGUGUGAUGAUUUGUGCGACUCAAUCAUUUCAAAAUCUUAGAAGGUAAAAAGCAAUAUAUUUAUUAAUGUGGCAUAUUACAGAGUUCCUAGAAAUGGCCUUGCAGAAAUCCUUUAACCUGUCGGUAGUUUUGAUGGCCCACUCUGCAACCUUGUAAUCGUUGAUAACUCUUUGUUAUAGAUCUGGAAACGCAUGCAACUGUCAUGAUUGUAAUUACUGUAUUUGCCUUCAUGAACUUAUAGGGCCCAGAGAUUCGGACUGGUUUUCUCAAGGACGGCAAGCCCAUCUAUCUCAAGAAGGGUCAAGAGAUAACCAUCUCCAAUGUAAAGACAUUAUGGGAGGACAAUGUUCAUCGACAUUAUGUCAUGAGACGCUAUGCCAAGUUCAUGGCCUCACUUAUUCAACUCAAUGUUGAAUAUGGAGAUGGUCAGCUUGAAUUGAAUCUGGAUCGACUUCAAAUGGCUGUUGAUGAGUUGCUUGUUAAGCUUUCCAAAACAUUCGCCAAGCCAAAGCUGCAAAUUAACAGUGUUCCUCAUAAACAAUUACAAUAUGACUAUUGCUGUGUUAAAAGUGAGAAUCAGAUGUUUUGUGAGUGCUCAUUGUUUUCUCUCAUGAAUUCAUUUAAAUUUUGGUCAUGUAUGUUGCUAGCAUCUGUGCACUUCUAUAAUUGUUUUAGUGAAAUUUUGUUUCCUGGGAAGUGGGUACAGAAGCUGGGAAGGCGCAGAUGUAUUUUGAAGAUCUGCUGAAGACCAACACCGCUAUUUUUUUGGUAUGUAUUUUUGUAUAUUGUCAUUUGAGGAUUGCCAGCUUUUGGCAAAUGCCGGAUCACUUUCAAGCAAGAUAAUGCUUCUUCU